GAGCUGGUCUGUCAAAUUGAUAGUUGAUCAAGUAUUUUGUUGGGGAAACUUGCUCAAAAACUAAUAAAAAAAUUAAGGGAUGAAGUCAGUCGUUCUCUUCGGCCGCCCUCAGCUUCGGACCUUGGGCCCAAGUAAUUCCUCCGAGUGGCGCCGCGAUAUAAUUCGGUCUUCGAGCGGCGGCCCGAAGUCAAGCGUAGCGGGUCCCGGGCCCGGCUCCGCAGCUUACAGGCGCACGAUGGAUGCACUAUGUACUUGCGGUUUAUUUGGGCCGUUGCGCCGUAGCAGGGCCGAUAGGCUGGGCCCAACAUCAGAUCAUGUCGAAUGGUGCGCCUCUUUCCUUUCCCUCCCCUCCCCCCUUUUGCGUACGAUAACAACAAGAAGGGGCGGUCAGGGAAAACCGGAAGUGAAGCUACAACCCCCAUGGAACUGUCUGAGUCGUAACAGUGCAUCGUCGCUGAUCCUUGAGGUUCCAAGCUCAUGUCAUGGUCUUAUGUUGGCUCAAAGCAGGAUGCGAAGGUUCCAAGUUCGGCUAAAAUGUGAAUUCGUACGGAUAAGGAGCGUGGGAGGGUGGGAGACAGCAUGGCACGCCGCAGAAUCCCGACGAGAUGGGCGCAGAUCCCAUGCUGUCAACGGUUGCGUACCUCGCCAAGUUGCCAGCCGGGCAGCGGGCUUGCCUCACGGGCAGGAACAAGGGUCGGUUGGUCCUGACGUGUUCUAGGCCUUAUGCUGCCCAGAACUGUCACUUUUCUCUUCUGCACUCUCUCUCCCAAAGGACCCACAAACCACGUACGGAUACGGAUGCACAGUACGGAUACGCACACCUUCUUCCCUGUUCUGCCCUGAACGCGAGCAACUUUAUUAUCGUCCCAUUCCAUUGUCUCACUAUCCGUAAAAUGUUGCCUUAUGUCGAAUAGUGACAGGGUACCAAAAUAAAUCCUUUUUUCCCUCAGAUAUCUGGGACCUCACCUCACCUCACCUCACAUCCGGAGCCCCCCGGUCUAGUCCGGCUUGAGCCCGGUGUAUUGGUGACCGCAACCUGUGGCGUGUUCCAUUACAUCACCGUUGACUGUGUCUCCUUACUCGGUGCAAUACACCGUUGUCUGCUCGCCUUCUACCGUAUUCUGAGCCGCACUACGACGGGUAACAACGCUAUCAUCUCGCGUCUUUUUCCGUCU